AUGGAUAACCAGACCAGCCAAUAUCAGGGUGAUCAGCAGUACCGGAUGGCCCUCGACGCCACCAACAACGUGCAGGAGACCCCCGGAGCCGGCGGCACGGACUGGAAAUCAGCAGACCAUGUCCUCCGCCUGGAGACCCACAACUGGUGGGAGAGCUCGCCGUCGCUGUUCUCUCUGCGGGUGCUUCCGGAGGAGACCCGCGAUGUCAUCUUUAGUGCCGGUCUGAACAAACAGACCAAGGCACUGUUGUUUGACUUCAAGCUACCUGCCGAUCAUCCUGAUGGCAGACUUGGUCUCUUGCGCUUGAUCAAAAGACUGUUCGACGGCACCAGCCCCCUGGGCAUUACUGCCACCCAUAUCGGGCAAGCCGCCAUUGAGGAAUUCAUUGGCGGCAUCAAGAAGGUACGCAAACGCAGCCAUGAGUGGCGCGGACCAACCGCCGUCGUUGGUUGCCAGGUGGAAUGGAUGCGGCGUCCCGAAAAAGAGGCCCCUGUCCACAUCCGAUUUGAAGUUGAUGCCGAUGAGGCUGUAGUAUUCACUGUGGACAAGGGCAACAGUGAAUAUGUGGCUGCUACAGAAGACCGUCCGCUCAGCUUCAUUGAUAUCAUGACGCUACCGGUCCGCAUCUGGCUGCGGACCCGGUAUUGCAUUGAUCACUUCAACAGUACGUUGAAGGGCCUCCAGGUGGGCGAAGAGGCGAAGAGGACUGAGGAGCAGAAGGCAGCGGCUGUGCCAGCCGGUGAAUGUCUGCAGGCGGAUCUCGAAACGUCAGAGCGAGCAGAGACCCAGCAUAUCACCUCUGAGAUCGAGCAACUUGCCGUGAACAAAGAAACCGCCCCGAGCAAGCUGCUGCAGCGGCUAAAGGCGCGGCAAAAGGAAAUCGGCCGGCAGGAAGCCCGGCUUGCUCGGAUCCAAAGCAGAAGUGCCAGACAGGAUAGUGAGCUCAAGAGGCAGCUCGCUAACCGUCAGACCGCCACAGAGAUGGUCGAGAAGGAUUUGAUGGAUUGCUUUUGGACGCCUCCUGCUUCGGGACUGGAUUCGCACAGCCAUUCUGGCGUGCCAGGGCCCGCGGAGGGUGAAAAGAAGGAUGAAAGAAGUGCGGCAGAAUCCAGAAGAAAUGCCGAGCAGUCAAGCUCCGCGCAGGGUUCCAUUGUUGCCUUCCACGCAAGUGAGGUUGGUCAAAUUGUCGCAGCUCAAUCAACGGCCUGUUCAAUCUUCCAAACCGCUCUCACUUACGCACCCACUUCCCCCGUUUCCCCCUCUAUCUCUGUUACCUUCGGAACUCCUCCCCUUCGCUCUCAAGACUCGGUCUCCAACGUGGGAGAUCGAGAAUCUAGCUCACCUGAAGCGGCGGACUCCGCGUCUCAGUCCGGUAAGUCAAACCCACCUCACUUCGCGCUGCAUCCUCACUACAAUUUGCGCUGA